UACUACACCCCACACAUGACCCUGUACAGUCAAAACAAUGUUCUCGCAGAGGAGAUUUUUGCACUCCUCGUUGUGUCUAAUGAAGAAGUUGAAGGGUAAAACUCCCGCCGAGCAGCGCUGGCUGCAGCGGCAGCUCAAAGAUCCGUAUGUCAAGGCUUCUCACGCCCAAAACUUCCGGUGCAGAAGCGCCUUCAAGCUGCUGGAGAUAGAUGACAAGUUUGGGCUUUUACAGCCUGGAUACAGCGUGGUGGACUGCGGAGCUGCACCUGGAGCCUGGAGCCAGGUGGCAGUGCAGAGGGUCAACUCAGCCGGGACAGAUCCAGAGUUACCAAAUGGUACAGUUGUUGGUAUUGAUCUGCUGAACAUACCUCCUCUGGACGGUGCCCAUUUCCUGUCCAGUCAUGAUGUCACUGACCCCGCCACACAUGCCAAGCUGCUGGAACUGCUCCCCAACGGCCAGGCUCAUGUCAUCCUGAGUGACAUGGCGCCCAAUGCCAGCGGUUUCCGAGAGAUGGACCAUGAGAAACUCAUCACAAUGUGUUUGUCUUUGAUAGACUUGGCUGAAAAGAUUUUACAGCCGGGCGGCUCUCUGGUUUGUAAAUACUGGGACGGGAUCCUUGCUCAUAAACUCCAGGAGAAACUCUCAAGUGUGUUCAGUAGUGUUCGGACUUUAAAGCCAAAUGCCAGCAGAAAGGAUUCAGCUGAGAGAUAUUUCUUCGCUAGAAUGUAUAGAAAGCCAGUAAAAUGAUCAUACUUGUGUUUUAUUUUUGUAUGUGUAUCCUAAAAUGAACACUUUGUUCUAUUUAGAUGUUUUCUGAAGAUUCACAUAAGUGAACAUGAAGAAGAUGCUUACCUCAUAACUUUGAUCAAAAGGUGGCACUGUUGGGGCAUCAGUAAGGCUCACAGCUAUAGGCACAGAUACAUUACAUACUGUUGGUGCUGACUUUUAUCCCUGAAAACUUAACACAGUAGCAGCAGUGAAUAAGAAAUAUGUAAACCUAUGAAAUAAUCAUCAGUUUGAUAUUCCCCAAGAGCCCAGUACUGUGUCUUCUCUCAAGUUAUUGUUUGCCCCACUGUUUGUUAUACACAGUCAGUUUGGCAUUUGCUUUGUUGCAGAAAGUCAUUUACCAGUGCUGCUUAUACUAAUACUUUGCACUGCCAGCCAUGUAGAAAUAUGUAAUCAUUCUCUCAUUGAGAGCUUAUGAAGGGAAAUCCUAAUACAUAAGAGUCACAUACAGCAUGACUAAUGGGAAGUGGUGAUGAUGCUGAAGCUUGGCAUGCUGCAAGUGUUGUCGGGCUGUGCACUCCGACAGUGGAUAGACAUGCAUGUUUUCAGCCCAGUUGACAGAUUUUAUUUUAUGAUUCUUCUUUAAAUCACUGUGCUGAACACUUUGGAAGGUAAAUCUUUGAUCCUGGUCUGACCCGAGUUUAAAUUACCACUGGUAAUGAAAUAAAAGGAUAUUUCUAUUAGAGCUAUAUUAUUAAAAAACAACUCACAGAUAUAGACCUUGCUAAUGUGACAUUGUUAAGUACAUAAUUGUAUCAGUGACUCUAUUCACCAUGGCCAUAGCAUGAAAAUAUGGGCCCUGUGCAGAUGCUGUCUCAGUGGGCUCCCUUCCCUCCUUAAUACAUACCUUCAUACAUGUACAAAUAACCCUUUUCCUUUUUUAUAAUGUAUGGGCAUUUUUGCCGUAAUUAUAGCCAAGAGAUAGAGAGAUGGGAAUAGCAUAAUCAUGUGCAAAUGACUGAAGAACAACUAAACACAUGCAGUCUUAGAGAUAAUCAGUAAUGAUCUUUUUGUACCAAUUUUAAGCUAAUAUUACUCUAAAGCUGCAACGAUUUAUUGAAUAGCUGUAAACAUCGACAACUAUUUUGAUAAUCGAUUAAUUGGUUUGGGUCAUUUGUAAGAAAAAUAAAUCUAAAUUCUUUGAUUUCAGCUUCUUAAAUGAGAAUAUUUUCUGGUUUCUUUGCUAAGCUGAGCUGCUAAGUAUUUAUGUUCAAGCUGCAUAGUGGUAUUAAAAUAUUCUAAAACAGGUGUUAGCAAGAUGUGUUCAUCUGUCUUUUGAAAGGAUAAGUUAUUAAUAAUGUCUUUUGGUAGCCUGACAGGUAGCAAUUACUCCACUGCAAUUACCAUGGUUUAACACUUGUUGCUAGUGGACUAAACUAUCUGCAGAUUGUAGAGGGGGGAGGGCCCAUAACAGGCUGAAACAUUGUUCUAGAUAAAAAGAAUAGUCUGUCAAACCAAUUUAUUUAGCUACUAAUAAUACUUACCGGUAAAUAUGGAAGCGUGACAAAAAAACAAUUCUGGUGAUCCAUUUUCUAGGUCUGAUCUAAAUUGUUUUGUCUUCUGUGUUUAUGAGUCAAGUUUUGUCAGGUGAAAAAAAAAAGUUUUGCCAGUAUAAAUUUUUAAGUAACUUUUUAUUUCAUCUGUGAAAACAGAUGUCAGGAUCAAGUGUUUGUUGUUGCAAUGCUAAUUUAGGCCACCAGAGGCUGAAGUGCACCAUCCAUCCAUCCAUCCAUCCAUCCAUCGUCAACCGCUUAUCCUGCGUACAGGGUCGUGGGGCUGAAGUGCACCACUACCCCAUUAUCUAGAAAUGACUAAAAGUAUUCAUGUUUUUUUUCCCCAGGUUAAAAUGAAAAAUUAAAUUACAUUUCUUGCUAAAAGACAUGACAAUAGUGUUACAUAACCUGCUAACACACAAAAUACCGUAUGUACCUUGUUUUUAGAGUGCAUUGUGAAAUUAAAUCUCACCUGGAUCACCAGAAUUUUUUUCUCACUCGCUUCUCAGGACUUCCGUAAUUUUUCACCUUUUUUAAAGUGCAGAUAAAUACAAACUUUUAAUUCCGGGCUUCCAGUGCCCUCCCCAUGUAUGGCUCCCUGAUAGUUUGUUCCACUUUUCCCCUCACUGAGAUGCCUCUGCAAUUCACAGAUUAAUAACAGAUAAAUAACCUGAUUAGCAACAGUUAGCGGAUGUCAUGUAUUAUGGAUGCUGUGCAUAAUGAUUGGAGAUAACUGUUUAGAAGAGGUGAUUAUAAAAAAUGAUUAUAAAUCUGUAUUGUUCUUCUGUUUAAAAUCAAUUAAACAUUGAACUUUAUGGAAGUCAA